ACGGCGACAGUCUCAUCAUCAUCAUCCAGAAGAAUCGUCCUCUGACGUGUCCGCUCUGUAGCUCAAACAGUUUACAUGUGAAAUAUGUUCAGUCUUUACUUGUUGAGAUUGUUUCUCAGUGUACAGUAUGCCCAUCAACAUGAACACUAAUGCUUUAUAAACGUCACAUCCUUGUUGUUUAAAAUUGGAGCUGGUGCGUCUCCAAACAGGAUGAAUUUUGGUUCCAAAAGCAAGAAGCGGAUGGUUCUGCCAUCCAGACCGGAUCCGCCGACCGUGGAGCAGAUCACGGAGGACGUGAACCGAGCCUGUCCCGGCGAUCCGGUGUUCACUGUUUCACACGAUUCUGCUGAAGAUCUGAAAGCCAGUUCCAGCAGCAGCGAAGUGGAGGUGAGAUACCUGCAGAGCAGACGCUACAUAGAGCUGCAUGAGCGAUUGCAAGAGGAACGUGGCAAUCUUGCACGGCGGAGAGACGAGCUGCGUGUGGCUGGGGAGUCUUUGGAGCACAGCGUGAUGGAGGUGAAGAGGAGCGCGCUGUGACAACUGUCUUGUAGCUUUCGAACUUGAAAUUUGCUCAUUCAGUAGCUGAUGACUAAGCAUGGCACUUAAAUUUCCAUGGAAGAGCCUUUCCUCUUGCUAAGCUGCUGUUAGCAUUUAGGUUCAAUGUCAUCAUAACAACUCUCUAAAUGUGCCACUUGGACACUUUUGACAUUUUCAAUUUAUGUUUGUGAUAUUCCUGGAUGAUUAGUUUUUUUUAUUAAAUCUGCUUUGUCAAUGUUAAUGUGUUGUGUGUGUUCAGUACUGUGUAAGUGCAGUCCAUUCCAUAACUUGUGCAGUCUAAAUGUAUUUUUAAUUUUUUAAUGUAAUUUUCACAAUCCAAGCUUUCUUGAGUUUAUUGAUGACUGGAAUUGUUCAGGGUAGACUGUAUAUAUUAUAUAUGUAUAUAUUCAUCACAGUGACAUUUUCAUAUGUGUUAAAGUGGAGAUAAAUAGCCUAAGGCACUAAUUAUCCAUACAAAAAUCCUUAAUAAUUUAAAAACGUAAAGAUCCCACAGCUUGUGAUUUCUGAGGCUUUCGUGCAUUGGUUCUCAAGCUGUACAAAAAAACUCAAACAAGUAGCACCAAGUCUGAAUUCAUUAACUGGUUAAUUAACUCACUAAAUUAACCGAUUGUGUUAAAUUUGAUACAGUGUCAACAUAGCAAGAAACUUCCAACUUUUUAGUUACUGAACAUAAAUCUCAUGUAGGUUUAUGUAUUAAAGACAGCAGUCUAGUUAAUUACAAAAACUUAAGGCAAAAUGAUGGCUUAAUUAAAGUAAGGCUAUUUUAUGAUAUAUGACGUUACCUAAUGAUAAUUUAAACACUGCUUAAAACUAGACUUGUGGUAGUUGGUGGUUUCCCUUAGAUUUGGGGUGAUAGGUGGCCUUUUAUAAUGAUGAAAUGGUUUUCCACAUUUAAAAAAUAAAAAUAAAUGUGAACCAUUGCAGUCAGUGUUGCCAAGUCUGCAGGAAUUUGGCUUUUAAAUUGUUUUCUAUUUGACUAAAAUGUUUGUAUUAAAAUGUUGUAUAAAAAUUAUGAAACUGCUAGAAUUUAAGUUUUGUGAAGGAGGAGCACUGAGAAACUUUGUUAUUGUGCUCCUUUAUGAAAGCAGAUUGUGUUUAUGAUUACUAGUAUAUACUGUAGUGGUUUUCAUAUUGAUAUUGUUAUUGGCACGUAACACUGACUGUAAAAUAUGUAUUACAGGUACGGAGUGGCAUAUUUGAAGUUUUGUUAUUUGUGAUAGGGUCGUUAGACUAGUUUGGGCUGUUUUUGAUUGGCCUUUGGGAUAGUGUUGUUAUGCAGACCUGGCAAUUCUGAAGAUAGCCAGAAGGUAUCUACUAUUGAAUAAAUUACUUCCACUCAGAUAAAGUAAGGACACAGGUUUUAUGAGAAUGUUUAUUUGAGGACCCCCCCAACCCUUGGCCAACCCCACAUUCUUUCAAACAACAUUCUGAACCCAAUUCAUAAUUUGAUAAGACCUAUGCAUAAAAUGUUCCCCUUUAUGUCAAUUUGAAUUUAGCAUUGCAUCAUAUUGCUUUAUCCUGACCACCACUGGUAAGGGUCAUUACAACAUUACACUGAGCUCUGUUACAGGUCAAUUUCAUUAUCUUCA